AUGAUUACGAGGCAAUCAGUCAGAUGGAUAAAGCAAACAGCAUGCUGGGGACGACCUCGCCUUGGACCCAAUAAUGGACCACCGUCAGGCAUGAUUAGAAAAAGGCGCUUGAUGGAUAGAUGUCACUGUUACACUACAGACAGCGCCACUUCGACUCCUAUUCUCCCAAAACCUACAAUCAUUUAUUCGGACAACCACAUCCUUGUCGUGAACAAACCCUCUGGGUGGCAUGUGGUUCCCAACAAACCUGAAGAAGUAGUCAGUUCCAAAGAGGGCGAACCACAAUCUCACAAUACUAGUACUAAAUGUUUGCUCACGCAACUCCAAGAAAAUCGAUUGGGAGGAGGAAGUCAAAAGCACUUUUUGAAGCCAUUGCAUCGCAUUGAUCAGCCAUGUACUGGGGUGGUUCUAUUCGCCAAGACGUCCAAGGCAGCCUCUCGGAUAUCCAAAGCAUGGAAAGCCAACAAAGUGCAAAAGACAUAUCUCUGCUUGAUACAGCCUCACAAUUUGGAGUCGUUGAGAUGCAAUUCAAUCAGCAUACACGACAACAAUAGCAACCAACAUCAUCAAUGGUGGAAACUAGAAGGAUAUCAACACAAGAGGAAGAAACGGGUGGAUUCGCUCAUUUCCAAUGUACUACUCGUGGAAACCAAUCAAGGUGCUCGGCAUAUGAUUCGGGCUCUGCUGUCGCAAGUCGGAAAGUGUCCCAUUCUGGGCGAUAGUCGCUAUGGCUUCAACAACAAGAGUACUAUAACACCAUCAUCUUCGUACCGUCAUUCGGUCGCCCUACAUGCUCGUGGCAUCGUCUUGCCGGAUGAUUUAACGUUGGGGACCACCACACAACGAUAUUUUGAGGCUCCCAUUCCAAAUCGUGAUAAUAUUUGGAGAGAUGCCCAUGGACACCAGAUCCAGGAGCAACACAUCCAGCGGGCUUUGGAGGCAUAA